AUGGGUGAAAGAAAGAAACAAACACACAAAGCAAAAAGCACCUUCAAGCGAGGCCCCUGGAGAGGACGUGGGGCACAGUGUCAUGACUCCCUGGUCACAGGCAGUGGCGGCUGCUUGGGCAGCACCGACACCUGCUCCGCAGUGUCCCCUGCUCCGACCGUGUGGCACGUCGUCACCCUACCUCCUGGCGCUGGGGGCACAGGUUGGCACUCGCGUAGAUUCAGGAAGCCGGAGAAGGAGGAGGACCAGGAGGAGGAGGAGGAAGAAGAAGAGGUGGAGAUAGGAGUGGAGAAGGAAGUGGAGAAGGCAGAUGCAGAGGAGGAGAAGGCGGCAGAGGAGGAGAAUGGGGUAGAGGACCAUGAGACGUUUGGCAACGAAUACUUCUGGAAAAUUAUGAACAUCGGUGACAAUAAUGACGACGACCUGAAGGCCUUUCGCCCUCGAUUCACCAGCAUCUCAAGCCCCAGCCUGACCCCGACACCUACGUCCAGCGAGCCUGAGACGACCUCCUGUGAAGCUGAGACGACCAGUGAGCCUAAGACGACCAGUGAGCGUGAGACGACCAGUUUUCCUAAAAUAUUCCAGACGUUUAGGAGAGACAUGUCUGAAACAAGUUUAAAUAGGACAGUCUCUCGCAGUUCACAUCCAGGAACCCCAAUAUCAGUUCAAACAGAAGAAAGUUGGCUUCGAAACUUGUCCUACAAAAAGAAGUCUGGUGAGUAGUUUGAUAAAGAAAAACCCUCCCCUAAGAAUAUAUGCAAGAAGGUGGUAAAAAAAAAAUGGGUAGUUAAUCCAGAAGAGCCAGAACUAAAUAUUUUAUGUGAGCUGGAGUUUAAGGAGGACUUCGUAACACUGUUCGAGCCUUCUCUAAGAACAUUACCCAGCGUCGGGCCACCGCCCUUUCUGGCAUUCCAAAGAGAGAGUUUCAACUUUGGCACUGACUUCGAGGAAGAAGAGGAGGAACUAUUACCCAAGUGUGAAUUUUGUGGGAGUGAUCUAAGAACAUUUCUUUCCAUUGUGGAUAUUUAUGCUGACAACAGUAGCUCUGAACCAAUAGAAUAUGCCCCCUGUUGUAGUUAUUUCCAAAAUCUGAUCGACUACAUCUAUGAGGAAAAGCUAAAAAUCCAAAGCACUAAAGAUGAAUUGAUCUGUAUCAAACCUCACUCAGCCCACGGCACUGACAUUGAUAGGAUCAAAGCAAAGGAAAAAGCCCUGAGGAGAAAACAGGAGCAAAAAAUGGCCGCACAUUUCAUAGUAAAAACAAAUGAACACACUGGUUUCUUUGAAGAAGAUUCAAAACACCUCAAAACAAUUUCUUAUCAACUUUCUGUGGAUAUUCCAAAAAAAGAGGUAAUCGAAGACAGACUAUUUGAUUUUGAACUAGAAAAAAGAAACAUAUCCAUUGCUUGUUGUGAUUCUAGGAAAGCAUGUGGAAAGAUUGUGAGAAAUGAGCUCUUGGAGAAGAACUACAAACAUGGGAGCAAGUUUCUAACUUCAUUUCCAGAUGGAACAACGCAAAUAUUCUACCCAUCUGGAAACCUAGCCAUCAUCCGAGUGCCCAACAAGACUAACGGUUUCACGUGUAUAGUCCAAGACGACAUGCCCUCUAACCCUGCCAUCCUGGCGGUGCUGAAUUCUUUUGGCAGAAGUUCCUGCUAUCAUCCCAAUGGAAAUGUCUGGAUAUACAUCAAUAUCUUGGGAGGCCAAUAUUCAGAUCAAGCCGGCAACAGAAUAAGGGCUUGGAAUUGGUCAAGUUCUGUUGCUCCCUCAUCCUUUGUUUCAUUUAAGCCUGUCUUCCUGGCUUUGAACCAUUAUGUUGGAAUGCGCAUCUUAGAACAAGACAAGAUUUCAAUCACUUUCCUAGCAAUGGGCCAACAGGCAAGGAUCAAUGUCGGAACCAAAGUGAAGCUAACAAACCCUGAGGAGAUUCCAGUUCACCGCUACAUCAACAAGGAUGACCUUCUUCUGCUGGCCACUUUAAUAAAGAUUCGACGCCUGUUUCAUAAACUUGAAGGAUGUGUGAAUUUCCCGUCUGGCCAGGUUUGGGAAAAAUUUAAGCAACCGUCUUACCUUUCUUCACUUUCUGUAAAACUAAUGGCCCUUUGUCACAAUUCUGGUAUAAAGCAAGAUACAAUAACAGCAAUAGCAGCUAUAAUAAAUGAAAAAACUUAA